UACAUUCCAACAGAACUUCCGGUGUCGGUUUUACCCAUCAAAGCAGUCAAAAUGAUGGAAUUAAAUUUAACACGAGUGGACUACAUGCAGGCUGGAGCAACCUCACAAAAAUGUAUGUGUCUCCUGCCACCUGUCUUAGGGAAAUCACAAAAGGUUGUGAUCGGCGAUCAGGAGGGCUUGUUUCAGUGUAUAGGAAUGAAGAAAGGAGAACCACAGCAUGUAUUCAAGACAAAUGUUUCGAAGAAAAUCAAUCGGAUAGAACUUGGAGGACCAAUUGGUGGAACUCGUGAGCGAAUUUUUCUCGCAGUUGGUUCUGAAAUCAAUGGAUUUACAAAGAAAGGGAAGAAUUUUUUAAAGUUUGACACUAACCUGUCGGAACCCAUUCAAUCCAUAUACGUCGAAGGAUCUGAGUUAUUGACAUGUAGCAAUUUUGUGUAUAACCAGUAUCAUGAUUGUAAAGACACAAAUUAUUUCCAAUCUGGUGACAAGAUUUCGGAUAUUGUUUGUCUGCCGAUGGACCGGAACCCGGAAAUCACCCCUAUCCUUGCUUGUCAGGAUCGUGUGCUCCGAGUUCUCCAGGAAUCGGAGCUGUUGUACGAGGUGGAAGUGCCUGGUCCUCCGACUGUGUUACAGCUAUACGGUGAUGGAGCAGGAGAGGAUGGUAACGAGAUAUUGUACGGGACUUCUGAUGGCAGAGUGGGACUGGUACAGAUAAGCAGAUUAUGCCCAUCGCACAAGUGGGAAUUGCCUAAUGAAAAGAGAAAUGGAGGUGUCAUGUGUAUGGACAACUUUGACAUCACGGCGGAUGGCGUCCUUGAUCUGUUGUUGGGACGAGAUGACGGCCAGGUGGAGGUUUACAGUUACGACGAGUCGGAGGAACCAGUUCACAGAUACAGUCAUACAUGCAGCGAAAGUGUGACGGCCAUACACGCUGGCGUUGUAGCUACCCAAGGCUACGACGAGAUUGUCUGUUCUACUUAUCCAGGAUGGCUUUUCAGCCUUACCUCCGAGCCUCAUAUCAAGACUGUAGGCCCGCAAACAUCCCAGGUCCUCACUUUUGAGGGCAAGGAUAAAAUUAUAGGGCUUAGGUCAGAGCUUGAUAACCUCCAGCAGAAGGUCCUGGACGAGCGGGAAAAGUACCAGCAGACGGCCAAUAGUCAGACGGCCAUAUCAGCCAUACCUAACUUCAACACCAACGACAAAUUUGUCCUCAAUCGGGAAGAUGCCAGUUAUACUCUCAGUCUGGAGUUACAGAUGCCCAUUGACAAUAUAUUACUUCAGAGUGAUGUGCCCAUAGAUCUGUUGGACGUGGAAAAGAAUUCGGCUGUGGUCAGCUACAGUUCCUGUAACCCAGAGGAUGGUAAUUUCCUUCUUGCCACAUACCGCUGCCAGGCCAACACAACACGUUUGGAGCUGAAGAUUCGUUCCAUUGAGGGACAGUAUGGGACCCUGCAGGCCUACGUCACGCCCCGUGUCCAACCCAAAACCUGCCAGGUCCGCCAGUACCAGAUCAAACCGCUGUCACUUCACCAGCGCACACAUGUGUUUGACGACUCCAGACCCCUGAAUACUGUCAAGUUGACAGGUCAGUUCAGCUUGGCGGAGAUGCACUCCUGGGUUUCCUUCUGUUUACCAGAACUUCCUGAGAGGACCCCGCCUGGAGAUGUACUGACAUUCCAUUUCGUCUCGACUUUCCUCGACACAUUGCUCGAAUGUGAAUACAGGAAGGGCCAGGCGGUGUUCAAGUCGGACAACAUUUCCACGGUAUCCAUCCUCAAAGAUGUCCUCACCAAGGAAGCAACCAAAAAGAAGAUCCGAUUAGACAUCACAUAUGAUAUUGUGGAGGACUCCGUGCCCUACACUCUAAAUUUGAUUCACCCUAAACUGGAGUACCAACUGUUACUGGCCAAGAAAGUGCAACUCAUUGAUGCUCUCAAGGAGCUACAGGUGCACGAGAAUGAUACAAGUUUCUUGUCACCUGAAUAUCGUCAGAUCUUGGAAGAUUCGGAUGCACUCCAGGCAGAGUACAAGCGACAGCCCUGCCAUCUGGAGAGACUGUACGGAAUGAUAACUGAUCUAUAUAUUGACAAGUUCAAGUUCAAAGGUCACAAUGUGAAGGGCAAGGUACCAGCUCUUCUCGAAGUCCUAGACAACUACGACCUCCAGUCUCUGGUGCAGUUCUUUGAGUCGGCAUGACAACAUGGAAACGUUAAAGAGACGCAAUUAUGUAGGACUGGAUCAUUAAAAAUGUGAUUCACUUCUUAAAAUGUGAAUCACUUGUCUUUGCAGUGGUGACUUUUGUCAAUUUCAGAGUUGCAAACUUUAAAAGUGAAGGAUGUUUGUGACAUUUCAUGUGUGAAUACAAGAACAUGAGUUAGAUUUUAUUUAUUAAAAGUGCAAUUUUAUGAACAAUAUCUUGAUAUAGGAUCAUUAUUCCACAGAUUAAACACUUCAGUGGCACAUCAACAAAAGCCUUUUUGUAUUGAGUAAGGUACAUGUGAAAUACAGUGUACCUACAUGCUAGAAUGUCUUAAUUAUCUUUGUCCAUAUCCAUGGAAAGAUUUGUUUACAGCUUUGAACAAGACACUGUAUCAGGACAGUUAAAUUUACUUGUCUCGAAGCUUGUACUAGGAACAAACUGGAUGACUCUACCAUUAAGAUCUGUAUGUUUUUAGGUCAAAGAACUGGCAUGACUCAAAAAGAAUAUACAAUUACUUUUUAACAUUAAUAUAAGAUUUCAUAUUACAGACCAAACACUGGUCAAACACAAUAAGCCCAUGCCUGGUAAUAAGCCCACCCAAAUGUUGCAGUUCAGUAGAAAUGCAUACAAAUACUUUUCUUUGUCCUUUUAUAAUUCAAUCCACUUUGAUGGAGAGAUAAUGUGUAGGCCCCCUAGGCUUUAUGCAGGAUAGAUUAUGGUAAUUUUUGCUUGAAGAAGAUUAUAUACAUGUAAUGGCUACAGCUAUCUAUUAUUAUGUAAUUAGUCUAAGAUUUAUCUCGCCCUAUUUCGUUUCAUCAUCAAUUAAAUCAUAAUACAUUGCCUAAUAAGAAAUCAUAAUUUAGUGCAAGAGAAAACUUACGAUGCGAUCAAAUUAGACUAGAUCUGUGAUAUAUUGUGGGAUAGCACUGGAUUUUAAUUGAUUGUUGAUGUUUCAAGUCCGUCCAAAAGGAAGUUACCGGUAUACUUUGUAUAUUUUGUAAGCUUCAUUUUGUGUCAAAAUUUAAUGUAUAUUUAUAAGUUACAUGUAAAUGAUGACUGAAUUUCUCCUAUAGUACCUAUGGACAACAAACUUUAAAAGGACUAAUUCCAGAAAUGGAUGAAAACCAACAUGAUGACUAAUAUAAUUCAUCAUGUUUCAAAUAUUUGGUCAGACCUACUUUCCUGUUAAACACCAGCAAAAAAUUGUUUUGACCAAAGCUUAUAAUUUUAUAAAUACAUGUACGGACAGAAUUCGUAACUUUUAUGACGAGCCUUGGUAAAUAUUUCAGGUUCUUCAUUAGCAUUUACAGGUCCACAAGGCUUUAUGCCUGAAGAUAAGACAGAAGACAUAAAUAUUGUUUUACAUAAAUGUGGUGAGAGUGUGAAACUUGUAUGUGCAUUGUAAUGUACUGCAUGCAUACAUGUAGGAAGUUCUCUUUCAAGUGUGUGCAAGGAAGAAGAGUGAAAUGUUCUAUUAUGUAUUUAUUUAUGACUAUAAGUUGUUUAAUUCAAUGUUAUACACAUAUAUAUAUUGAAGGUAAAAUACCAUA